CAUAAAUAAAAAAAAACAUUCAUUCAAGUAUAUUCACUUUUUCUUGAAGUGCGGAAAGCAUGUAAAUGUAUGUGAGAAAAUCACAUUUUUUUUCUUAUGAUUAAGCGCUAAGUCACUAAAGCUUUAAUUUUAUUCAUAAAACGUGAAACAAUGGCAAGUAGCGAGGAACCUACUGGGCCCGUGUCCAAGGAGGAUAUCGAGGCGGCAGAUAGAUGGAAAAACGAAGCAAAUGAAUACUUCAAAAAGCAGAAUUACAAUACUGCAAUUGAAUUGUACUCAAAGGCGAUAGAGAAUAAUCCUAAUAAUGCCGUGUACUAUGCGAAUAGAAGUAUAUCUAACUUGCGGUUGGAGAACUUCGGGUAUGCCCUUACGGAUGCGUCGCGGGCGAUUGAGUUGGAUAGGUCCUACACAAAGGCCUACUACCGGAGGGCCGCGGCACAUAUGUCUCUUGGGAAGUACAAACUAGCGCUUAAGGAUUUUGAAUUUGUAACCAAAGUUAGGCCAAGUGAUCAGGAUGCGAAAAUGAAAUUUAAUGAAUGUAACAAAAUUGUGAAAAAGAUUGCAUUUGAAAAGGCCAUCUCCGUAGACAAGAAGGAAGUCAACAUUGCUGACUCCAUCAACCUGGAUGCCAUGACCAUUGAGGAUGAAUAUGAAGGCCCAGCUCUGGAAAAUGGCAAGGUGACACUUAAAUUUGUCACUGAACUUAUGGAACAUUAUAAACAGCAGAAAAAACUUCACAAGAAAUAUGCUUAUAAGAUUCUAAUUGACGUCAAAAGCUAUCUACAAAAACAACCAUCCCUCGUAGACAUCACAGUAGGAGAUGAUAAUAAAUUCACAGUCUGCGGAGACAUUCACGGACAGUACUAUGAUCUAAUGAACAUUUUCGUCCUAAACGGGCUACCGUCUGAAACGAAUCCUUAUCUGUUCAAUGGAGACUUUGUGGAUCGGGGGUCUUUCAGUGUGGAGUGUAUCUUCACCCUAUUUAGCUUCAAGCUGCUAUUUCCUGACCACUUUUACAUGUCUAGAGGAAACCACGAGACCUUGGACAUGAACCGCAUGUACGGUUUCCGCGGCGAAGUGACCUCUAAGUACACCUCCCAGAUGGCGGACCUAUUCACCGAGGUGUACAACUGGCUGCCGUUAGCUCACUGCAUCAACAGCAGGGUUCUGGUGAUGCAUGGUGGAUUGUUCUCGAAGGACGAUAUAACGUUGGAUGAUAUUAGGAAGGUGGACAGGAAUAAGCAGCCGCCGGAAGAUGGCAUAAUGUGCGAGCUCCUGUGGUCGGACCCGCAGCCGAUGCUCGGCCGCUCGCCGUCCAAGCGCGGCGUGGGCUGCCAGUUCGGGCCCGACGUCACCGCCAACUUCCUGCAGCGGAACGGGCUGCAGUACAUCAUCCGGAGCCACGAGGUCAAGAACGACGGCUACGAGCUGGCGCAUGAUGACAAGUGCAUUACUGUCUUCUCCGCGCCUAACUACUGUGAUACAAUGGGUAACCUGGGUGCUUUCAUCACAAUGAAUGGCAAAGACCUCGAGCCGAACUUCACAUCCUACGAGGCAGUGCCUCACCCCGACGUCAAACCAAUGGCAUACGCCAACUCGUUCCUGAGCAUGCUCUGCCAAUGAUGGAACCACGCCGGUUAGCCUCCACACACCGCCAACGCUGACUUACGAUAUUCAAACAGUAACAUUUUUCUUUAACUCAUUUUUUUCUAAGCACAGCCAUCUGCUAACGAAAUUUAAUUAUUAAAUUAGAGGAAAAAUGUAAAAGUCGUUGCUGGAGCGAGAGGCCCAGCUACUCGCUUCGUGGCGUGUAAAAAUACAGGUUGAUUCACAAGUACACAUUACCUAAUAAAAUAGUGGCUCUGACUGUAUACCGAUACAGAUGCCACUCAUACAAUGAAAGUUUCGUUCACUCCAUUCGUGCCAGCUUUCGUAAAUCGAUCUGUACGCGGUGACGCGAUGAAAAUGUUGAGAAAGCUUGAUAUUUUUCAUUUUUGCUCUAAUUUAUUAAUUAUUCAUUUCAAACAAGGCUUACAAUAUAUAUUUCUUGUACGGCAAUGACCAGAAAUCAGCCGAGAAAAACUGUCCAGUGAAAUGGAAUAGUAACAAUCAUGUACCGGGAAUUCAUAUGUAACUUAGCUGUGUAUUGAACUAUACUCUACUGUAGCUCUGACUGUAUACCGAUACAGAUGCCACUCAUACAAUGAAAGUUUCGUUCACUCCAUUCGUGCCAGCUUUCGUAAAUCGAUCUGUACGCGGUGACGCGAUGAAAAUGUUGAGAAAGCUUGAUAUUUUUCAUUUUUGCUCUAAUUUAUUAAUUAUUCAUUUCAAACAAGGCUUACAAUAUAUAUUUCUUGUACGGCAAUGACCAGAAAUCAGCCGAGAAAAACUGUCCAGUGAAAUGGAAUAGUAACAAUCAUGUACCGGGAAUUCAUAUGUAACUUAGCUGUGUAUUGAACUAUUCGAGGUAACUCGGAUUUUAUCUGUCACGAAUUGACUUUAUAUUAUGGUAACAGAACCGUUACGGAGAAAUUGACCUACCGUAUACCAAAUUCAUAAAAUUUCAUAAGCCUCAAUUAGUUAAUUUAUCUUUUAUCUCUUUCUUAUAAAAUACAUAGUCAAAGUGACAGAUUAAGCUAUUAAUAGCAAAUUGAGGCUUAGCACGUUUAUGAAUAACGCCACUUAUAUCUUAAAUUGACCGCCUUAAAUUAAGCUUAGCCCGGAUUUGAGCUUUGAGGACUCGUUGCUUAACACUUCCACGGCUUAAAAAACCUGUUUCUAGGUUUUUUAAGCAGUGGAAGUGUUAUCAGUGCCACAACCUUAUCUCGCUGUAAAGCACUCUUCGAUACAAUAAAUAUGCUUUAAUAGAACUGUGGGCUUAAAGUUAAGUUAAUUUUCCAAAUUGCUAAUUAUAAAAACUUGUUACGAAAUUGAGAAUUUAGUUACAUUUUUUUAUUGGACGGCGUUAACGUUCUUAACAAAAAUAAAGUAUAAAUUGUCAAUUCACAUGAGAUAACACGAAAUUUGUGACGAGGUGCGAAUACAUACUUAUGUAGGAGCUCUGUGAAAAUAUUUUUCUAAGUUAGACAUUGAGCGCAUGUUGUGCCUUCAAUGGAAACGUGGGAAUGAAUUGGAUUGGUGCUAAUUUUUAUUAUUUUUAUAACACAACACUUAAGCCGGAUCACAUUUGUCUGACGUGUCGUGUCGUGUAGUGCUGUGUCGUGACGCAUCAUAACGGUAAUCGGUUGUAUACAUUUAAUAUGGUUGCGUUCAAAUUUGUCUGACGCAGCGUGCAUCAUAGAAAUGGCACCCAAAAACCACACAUUUGUUUUGAUAAUUAUCACCAUAAUUUACGUUAAAAUGGAACGUACCGAGGUGCCGUCAAACUCGUCAAAGGUAGGUAUUUACCUUAUACAAUGAAAUUCUAGAUAAAAUUAAAAAAAAAAGAGAUUUUAUGUAAAACCGUUUUCAUUGACGGCACAAUAUUUCUGAGGAAAACGGAUACCUGUAUUUCAUGGUUGUAUCAUGGUUGUAAUAUUACAAUCGUAUAUUAUCGUGAUUCUUUAAUAUUAGUAAUUUGGGCUGUACAGUCGCCAUCAUAUAUAUCGGAGCGGCCGAGGUGCUCACAAAUAUCUGAACACGCCUCUAUUGUCAAGGCGCUAGAGUGCGUGUUCAGAUAUUUUUGAGCACCUCUGCCGCUCAGAUAAAUCGGCUACUGUACCAAUAGCAUAAACUCAAUCGACAAAUAGGGGGCAAAUAUUCUUAUAGUCAGAAUAUUGCAGAAAAUCUAUUAUUAUUCAUUGGCACAUUCACAAAUAUACAUUUUCCCCAAAUGCAUUAAAACGAUUUCAAAGCAAUAGUGUAGGUAUUGCAUUUAUUCUUAAUAACUUGUAUGGCGUAUUUUAUUUGAUAUGAGAUUGUUCUCAUUGGCCAUCUUAUUAUUUUACUCACGUUCUCAAUUUGUAAAUAUAUUAUGAAAUAUUUAUAUAAUAUUUUUGUUUUUAAAGACACAACUUGGUCUAGAUUUCUCCAGGUAUUUCCAUAAUCAAGUGUUAGAAUAAAGAGCAUGUGCUUUUUAUUGUACCAGCAAUCGUGCUUUGUUUAUCAGCAUUAUAGAUUAAAACACCCAUUGAUUGGUACCCAAGUACCAGUUGUUGGCACCAAGGUUUUGCAAGACGGUCACUACCAAAAUAUUUAGAAAAUGUUUAAUGCCAAUAGUUGGAUGGGCGCCUUCAAUAGGUGAAUUUACCCAAUACGGACAUAGAUUAUUCAAUUAUAAUACCAUAUGGUACAAUUAUAAAAAGUAUUAUUUAUGACAACUCAUAUUUUUAUUCCUACUAUGAAUUCAAUGAUGGUUUUCGCUAGUUUAUUUUGCUUGGAGAAUGGAGCAAUAUAAACAGUAUCUAAGUAGGUACAGAUGUAGUGCAUAAUUGUUUUCCAUCGUAUUUUCUCGGAAACGUUCGUAUUUGUCAUGCCACUUCAGUCAACCUCAGUAGUUUUUAUACGGAGACUGAAUGAAAUAGCAAGACACGUUCGUACGUUUCCGUGAAAAUACGAUGGAAAAUAAUUAUGCACUACAUCUGUAUCACAUUGACAAUCUAUAUACACAAUCCUACUUACCGUUGUUGCACUUGCCCAACACAUUUUUUAAAUGUGACCCUAAAUGUAAAUAUAAUGCCGCGACACAUUGCGUCCUAUUUGCCGAAAUAUUCGUGCUACAUCUCUUUCCUUAAUAUCGCAGGCGAAAGUGACAUAUGUGACGUUUUCAACUAAAAGUUACCACAUUGUCGUUUGUCGAUAAGGUUGAUUUCAAAUUGUAGCUAUAUGGAAAUAGUGCCUUAUUGACAAGUAAGUACCCAUUUGGUUGAAAAUGGCACAUAUAUUUGCGCAAAUAUCAUAUCGGAGUGUGUCGCGGUUAUUUUAUGUUUGAUCUUAAGAAAGACGUAAAUACAGCAUUUAUAUUUUACUAUUUUAAUACUUAUACAGUUUGAAUGACUUUUUUACACUCGCAGACCUUUUUGGAUUGACUUAAUUCGUGAUAAUAUAGUUAUUUACAGUACAUAUGGUGCUACUUUUUCGCACUAGUGCGGGAAUGAGCACUUUUCGUGCAUAUGUCGAAAGUUUAAAGGGCCAUAUGUACUGUAAAACGUUGUACGAUACACGUGUGAAAAGGUAAUUCGCAACUCGUGUCGAUUUAAAACACUCCCUGCGGUCGUGUUUUAAUUUAUCGCCACUCGUUACGAAUUUCCUCUUUUCCGCACUUGUAUCGUAAAUAACUAUUACGAUACAAGUGCGGAAAAGAGGAAAUUCGAAACGAGUGGCGAUAAAUUAAAACACGACCGCAGGGAGUGUUUUAAAUCGACACGAGUUGCGAAUUACCUAUUCGCACGUGUAUCGUACAACGUUUUACAGUACAUAUGGCCCUUUAAACUUUCGACAUAUGCAUGAAAAGUGCUAUUUGACGCACUAGUGCGAGAAAGUAGCACCAUAUGUACUGUAAAGCAUUUUUCAUUUCUCAUGCUCUGAAAGAGGGUCAUUGUUGUUCUAAAAGGUGCGCAGAAAAUAAUACGUGUCUGCACUAGAGCAUUUUACGUUCGAAGUACGACUUUUUUAAUUUUUUUACGAUACGCAAUUGAAAUUUGAGUUUAAAUGGAUUUGUAAUAAAUUUUUCAUUUUGAUAUUUGACUCUCCAUUCCAUAAAUAACGAUACUUUUGUCUGAAUUGUUAAUUGAAAGUACCCUCAAGAAAUACUAUAAAAAUGUAUACUUAGUCAUGUUUUAAAAAAAAUACAUGCAUUUUACUUUCCUCGUAUUCGAAAUGAAAAGUAGAGUGUUUAACUCGGGUGAAAGGCAUCAUUUCUGCCUCGGACUAUUGGCGCUCUCACUGCAUUCGAGCGCCAAAAUACCUCGGCAGAAAAGAGUGCCUUUCGUCCCUUGGUUAACAAUCUACUAUUGCAGUUUUACGCCAAUCAAUGCAUUUCUUCAUACAUUCACUCAUAACGAACAAAAUAGUGUAACCCAAUGCAAUAAUGGUUAAAAGACCAAUAAGUUAAGCUAUUACUUAAGUAUAGUGACAAGAAAUUUAAAUUAAGGAAGCUUGUGAAUCCACUGCAUUUCCCUAAUUUUUAAUUUACCCUGAUUUCUAACAUUUAUCGUUUGUCGACUUGAACUUCCGUCCUCGCCCUUAUGGAAUAUGCGCUUGUUAAAGUCGGAUGUUUCAUUCUCGAUAAACGGUAAUAUUAGAGGACAAUUUGAUAGGUAGAUAGUUGUUUUUUUCGUUAGGAGAACUAUUUAGCAAGUUUUACAAGGAACGGGGAUAUAGCCCUUUCUGUGCAGGGGGCCUCAAGAUCACAAUCGAUGAUAGAAAACCCCAAUCGAAACUAAAUAAUGUACAGAUAGGCCCCCAGGAAUGAGUAGUUGGACUGUGGAUUACUUUUUGACCUUAUGAUUACAACAGUAGCGUGACGUCAACAUAGUUUAGUUUAGAGAAGCCAAAUAAAAACUUUCUCUUUUCGUGAAAGUUAGCAAGGGGUUAAAUAAAAUGUCACAAUAAAUAAGAUGCGUUCAAAGUUAAUUUUUUGUAAAUGUAGAAGUUACAAUUUCACAAGUAGUAAACUGGCAACACUUGUCGAAAGACCUCGCGACAUUGGUCAAUUUCAUCAAUGUUGACGGUUUGCAUCUCGAAAAUGGUAACUUCUAGCAUAAUGAAACAAAACUGGUGUGUCUGUCGGCAGAUUUUGAAAGUAAGUAUUGGACGUUGCGCUAUUGAGACUGCUCUGUAAUGUUUUUGUUUGUUGUCGUAUGUACCUUAUGAAUAUUAUUAGAAACAUUUGUUUCGGUGAUUGACGAUAAAUGUUAAUUUUAUUUACUUACAUUAUACGGGUUUUAAUACUCUUUUACAGAAAAUAUACACAGGAAAUUAGAAAUUUAUUUAUCCAGUUUUAACGACAGAAUUUUAUAAAACGAAAAUAAAAUAAUCCAAUAACGAAUAUUAAAGCGUGGCGGCCAUUUUUUAGACUCUCGCCCGUACCACGAAAGUCGGGGUGAAUGAGUCAUUAAAAUUCGUGUAUGCCAACAAUUAGUGUCCUUUACCUUUAUACAUAGUUUAUUUGUACUUCAGGUAAAGGUGGUAAUUUUUUCUAAUUCACUUUUACGAACAAAUCGCGACGGGGAGAAGCAAUAUAGCAAAUUUUAUUAGCUCAAAUAUUGUUUGCAAUCACCAAAACAAAAUCUCGCAGUACAUAGGAAUUUCUGAGGUAGUUCAAUUAUGUUUAUCCUGAUUAACAUAUAGGUAUAUUAUUUUAUUAUGGCGAUGUAGAGGCGAAUGGAUGUUCAUUAUUUUUGUCAUGAAUUGAGUUGCCGAGCAUAUCAGACGAUGUAGAUAGGGUUUGGUGUUGAUUUUAAUCAAUAAAUUGUUAAAUUUGUACAUAA